AUGGCAACCAACAACAAAAGAUCAACUAGCGAGGAAUGGGCCACCGGUAGCGGCGGUGCUUCAAAGUCUAAACGCGUUCGGUUUGGAGGAGGACGGCCCAACACAGAAGAUCUCGAGGUCAACGAUGCCGACAUGCUGGAGCAGCGCAAAGGACGACGCAGAGCUGUCACGGUCGUCGAGUACCAGGACGGCGAAGUGAGCAGUGACGAUGAAAUGGACGAGAAAAAGAAGAAGGUCAUUGUCAACGACGAGGAGGACGAGGAUGACGAGACCAGCUUCUUGCCUGCGGUCGAGGAAGGGGAUGAUGAAGACGACAUGUUUGCCGAUGUAGAUCCAGAGAAACAAGCGAGGAUCGCAAAGGAGAAGGAGUUGCUGGAGAAGAAGAAGCAGCUCUUGAAGAGGAAGAAAGGAAAGGCAACUGGCAAGGGCUUUGACCGGUCAGAAAUUGAGGGCGAGAAGCUGGUCGAGGAAGAUCUAGACGAGGACGACUAUGACGAGGAGGGCAACCUGAAGAUCGAGGCCUUCAACAUGGACGAGGAGCUGGAGGAAGGAAACGAGAUUGACGAGAAUGGAGACUUUGUGCGCAAGCUGGACCCUGAGCGGUUCCACGACUCUUGGCUCGAGGGCCUUUCACGCAAAGAGAUCGAGUCUGCCCGGCAAGCCCAUGAGCGCAAGGAGAGGAAAGUACUGAUGGAGGAGAAGGAGGCUGCAGCGAGUGCCAUGACCGAGACGGACAUCUACGUGGAAAUCGUCAACAUUAUUCGACCUUCCGAGAGUGUCGUCGGAGCACUUCAACGUCUGGGCGGAGGAAAGAAGGGAGGGGCUAAGCAGGUCAAGAAGAGGAGCUGGCAAAAGAGCAAGGCCACGACCAGCACCGACAUGGAGACAGACGCCCACGCCGGCGCAGCAGAAACCGAAGACGACGUCAAGCGGAGGCAGGCCAUCGAGAAGCUGACCGAUCUUUGCGACAAGAUGAUGGCUUUGGGACACUUUGAGAUCUACGAGGAAACAUACGAACAAAUGGUCCGUAAACUCCGGAGGGCCGACGUCAUUGAGGACGACUGGGAGGUUGGUACGCCCGUUCUGAAGCCUGGAGAGCGACUCGCGGCGCUGCUGGAUCUAGAGAACGACCCGCUGCUGGCACCGACUCCCGCCCAAUGGGAGUACAAGUGGGCCAACCCCCAGGAAGGUCAGGAUGCGGAUCAAGUCUUUGGACCCUUCUCAGGAACAGAUAUGAAAUCGUGGAAUGGGCAAGGAUUCUUCAGCAAUGGGAUCCUUGUGCGGACGGUUGGAGAUAGCACUUUUGAGCCAGCCACCGAUACGAUGUUUGACUAA